AUGGGGAUACUCGAGAUGGGCCUUGGUCACCUGUCGCCCGCAGGAGGCAUUGCAGUCGGUGUCCUAGUCGGCGUGAUAUCUACUAGUUUACAGGCCGUCGGGCUUACGCUUCAGCGGAAAUCGCAUAUGCUUGAAGAUGAGAAGUUUCCUUACGAUACACGCAGGCCGGCCUUUAAACGGAGACGAUGGCAGAUUGGCAUGUUCAUGUUUGUCAGUGCCAACAUCGUUGGAAGCACUAUACAGAUCACGACGUUACCUCUUCCGGUGCUCUCGACAUUGCAAGCAUCCGGCCUUGUUUUCAAUACCAUCUUCGCAACUCUGAUCCUCGGCGAGCCAUUUACACGCUAUUCGGUCAUCGGGACGUUUCUAGUAUGCGCAGGCGCUAUUUUGAUCGCGACCUUUGGAGCUAUUGGUGAACCGGCGCACACCUUGGACCAGCUGCUCGAGCUCCUAGUUCGACCUCCGUUCCUCCGCUGGAUGGCUGGAACCGCGGUGGUCGUUAUGCUUUUGGUUCUAGGAGCUCGUGCCUUGAGGGUGGCCUCUACUCCGGGCCAGACAAGGAAUUACAUGUCCGUAUGGUCUCUACCGCCACAUUCAUACCAUAGCCCCAGGAUAAAACUGUUCCGCGGAAUGAUAUACGGAUCUCUCAGUGGCAUCUUGUCGGCCCACUGUCUUCUUCUCGCAAAGACUGCAGUCGAGCUAGUGGUUCGAACGAUUGCCGACCAAGAAAACCAAUUCGUUCGAUGGCAGUCUUGGAUUAUCCUGCUAGCCCUCGUUUCCUUGGCCCUGACGCAGAUGUACUAUAUGCACCGUGGUCUGAAACUCUGCAGCACCAGCAUCUUAUACCCCUAUGUCUUUUGCAUAUACAACAUAAUCGCGAUUCUAGACGGUUUAAUAUACUUUCAUCAGACCUCUCAGCUUUCUGGAUUACACGCUGGACUAAUAGCUGUUGGAACCGUCAUACUGUUAUGCGGAGUUCUCUGUCUAUCGUGGAGAUUAGAAGACGUCUCAGCGCACCCGGGACAGGCCGCCGUGCCGCCUCCAACAACAGCUAUUGGGCCCGGUUUGGGUUUAAUAGAAGAACCAAGCGCCUCACCAACGUCAUAUACCGACCUAACAUAUCCAGGCGACGAAGAGUCACGCCCUGGUGAACGCCAACCCUUACUCCUCCAUACACCCCGUCACCGACACCAACAACCUACCACCUUCAGUCAUCCUCACCGCAUUUCAACACUCCCCCACAGACGCACCACCAACUCAGGCCUUGAGGCCGCCGAAAUAUGGGCUGAACUCCGAGAUGACCAAGACGACGAACUUGACGACCAUCGAGACUCUCUUGUUCGCUCGGCGUUACUCCCUCCCGAUUCUCCCUCCUCGCUUCGUCGACAUUCCAAACGACAGCGCCGCAAGAGUGCAGCCUCUCUAACGGCCACAACCGGGCAUCGACGUCUAUUUUCUCUUUGGGGAACGCCCGGUGAGACCCCGGUACCUACAGCAAAUGGCGUAAAUAGCGGGGAAAACAUAAACCCCAAGGAGUCGGCCUUAUUCAGAGGUCUUUCCUGGCGGCCGCGGCAGGCUCUAAGAGCAAAUAGACUGAGUUUGCGUCGGACCCCCACCCCGUUAAUCACGGAGCAAGGCGCGACCCAUCGUGGCUUGGUAGAGCGAGAUGUUGGCUCCAAUGCUGGCCAAGCUUCAGCCGAGGAGGCUGUAGCAGUUGGGGACGAAACAUCUGCAGCACCUCAGUCGAAUGUUGAUCCUCAAAAUACGACGGGGAUCCUCGCAUCUACCGACUCAUCCCCUUAUAACAACGCCGGCCAGAGUGCUGGCAGGAUCCCCUAUACAAGACGUGUGGGCCAGUUAUGGAAUUCAGGGACUCACUGGUUUAGGUCCUUUAUUCCAGGAAAUGCAUCUAAUGAUGAUUGA